AUGGAGCGACGAAAAAUGGGCAGAGGAUUAAAUCGUUCGAUCUACGCAAUCACGCUCUUAUCACUAAUUACAGUGGUGAUUUUCGUCUUUGCGUGGAGACCAAUACUGCUUUCGUAUUUCUUCAGAUACACUAAGAUCAUUAUUUUAGAAGCUUUAAGCUAUGAACAGAGAGUUUUGGACAAUGAACAACAACUUGCUCAUAAGGAAUGGAGAACGUAUCAGAUUGAAAGUCGUUUUGGCCAAGAAUGGUGCAAAGAAAACGUACAAGCAAGAAGCGAUGUUACGUGGCUAACAAUUGUGGUGGACGAUAAUUUCGUCGUUCCUGCGUUGGUUCUCGCUCACUCCAUCCAAGCAUUCUCUUGCCACAAGAAUAUGAUUGUCCUGAUUUCAGAUACAGUGACCGAAGAAGCCCAGGCGGCACUUGAGAAAGUUGGUUGGGACACUAGAUUAGUUGAAGCAAUGGACUGUGACUGGCUGGAUGCAAAAAUGAACCUUGAAAGAAACGAAGGACUGUUUGCAAGACCACGAGGCUACAGAAUUAUGGGAACACACACUCGAUUCCACGCGUGGAAAUUUUCUGAAUUUUCGAAAAUCAUUUAUGCCGACGCCGAUUACAUGUUGAUGACGAAUAUCGAUGAAUUGUUUGAUAUUCCAGAUGACUUUGCUGCCGUUCCUUGCGCGCGACCUGGUGUAAUAGAUCCUUGCUUUAAUGCUGGUCUCCUUGUUUUUAGACCAGGUGCCAAAUACUAUCAGGAAAUCAUGGACUUAUGGCAGGAAACCACCCAAAGAGAUACUUGUCCUGACGAUCAAGUUUUGCUCUGGCAUUAUUACGCCGAUGCUGGAAACUGGAGAGCACUUCCUUACUCAUUCAACAUCAGACUCAUCAUCUACAGACCCUUUAACUCUUAUCACUUUGCUGGAGGCAAAGGCGGCUAUCAUCCUCCCAAGCCUUGGUCCGCAGAUUGCAGACCAAGCAGGAAAGAAGCUGCAGAGUAUGACAGACCAAUUAGCUCGGCAGUAACCCCUCAUAACUGA